UGUCAGAGAAGUCGUGCUGCUGCUGAACUGAAGCUGUGAAUUCAUUCAAAGUGUUAUUACAUACAGAAGACGAUUAAACAACAGAAGGCGCAGUCAGACAAAGAUGACUCAAUCAGUUACUAUGACAACAAUGAGUAGUAUGGUGUCCACAACCAUUAAUCCGUUCCUGGACUCUCAGUUUCGUUAUGUGCUCAUCCCGGUUUCCUACAUCGUCUUCUUCAUCCUGGGCUUCAUCUCUAACCUCUACGUGCUGUUUGUCCUGCGCUGCAUCCAUCAAGCCAAGGCCAUGGGAGAAAUUCACAUCUAUAUGACCAACUUGACCAUCGCUGAUCUUCUGUUUGUGUGUGCUCUUCCCUUUUGGAUUGACUAUUAUAUCCGUGAGGGAGACUGGGUUUAUGGAGACGUCAUGUGCCGGGUGACAGGCACCUUCUUUUUCAUCAACACCUACGGCACCAUCCUCUUCCUUUCAGCCAUCAGCAUCAACAGAUACUGGGCGGUGACUCGGCCUCUAGACGCAGCCUCGUCAAACCGCAGAAUUCGUGGAAUCAUUGUUUGUAUUUGUAUCUGGGUGUUUGUUCUGACGAUUUCUGUUCCUUUUCUGGUGAGUCCAGGGAUCAACGUGCACCGUAAAAACAACACCGACAUACGUCGCUGCUUUGAGGGAUACCAGGGUGGAACUAAUGACAAGAAGAAAAAAGUGGCUGUCACUCAUUUUCUAAUAAUUGGAUUGUUUUUUGUUGUCUUUUUACUCAUUGUGAUAUGCAAUGUCCUUAUUGCUCAAAGUUUAAUUUCUAAAAAUUCUCCUCAGUCGGAAAGUCAGUCUUCAGGAACACAGUCUAAAAAGCCUACUUUGACAUCCAUAUUUAAAUGGCCCACAGGGGUAAAACGGAGGGCUCUCCAGAUGUUGCUGGCAGUGGUGGGAGUGUUUGUUCUGUGUUUCCUGCCACACCACAUAGUUCAAGGCCCCUGGGCUCUGGCAGUGCUGGAGAUCGAAGACGGCUUCGGCCACAUGAAGUACAGCGAGACCACUCGUCAGUUGCUGAACGACGCUCAUCAGAUCACCCUGGUUCUUAUGGGCCUCAACUGCAUUUUGGACCCUGUAGUUUAUUAUUUUGCCACAGGGAAGUUUAGAGGACAAAUCAAGGCCCACAUUAAAAAAUUAAUCCCAUGCACCCAAACUCGGAGCUACCACUUAAACCAGCCUGCAUCACCUGUUUGGACUCUGGGAGGAAAUCAGAGGCCUCAUAGGAAACCCACAAAGCCCGGGGGGCAGGAUGAAACUUAUUACACUGAAAGGAGCUCUGUGGUUAUUUUAUAAAGUAUUUUCAAAAAUCUAACUUAUCCAGCAUUUUGAACCUAACCACAUCUCAGAUAAGAUUCUCUCUAUUUUAUGACUUAGAUGAAUCUCAGUGACUAACUGUGGAAUAAUUCUGAAUCCUCAAUUACAUUGUUAAAGAGGACAUGAAACACUACACAUUUGAAGGUUAAUUAGCUCAGUGGAGCCCUGUUGUAAAAAAAAACAAAAAAAAAAAGAAACUGUAAUUGAGGUAAUAUGGAUUUAGGAAAUAAUUGUUUUAGGUUAAAGUUUUUAGAGCAAGUCUAUGGUUUGGUUGGUUUCUGCUGAUAGACUUACAUUAGGUUAUGUUAGUUAACUAGUGACAGAAACAACAACUCAGAGGAAAACAAAGAGACUAAAAUUAAAAAGCAGUCUAAGGGAAUCACAUUUGUACUGCCCCUGGCUGCAGCAGUGAGUCUGAUGAUAAUAAAACAAGGAGGUACUGUCUACUUUCACUCUGUCAAUUUAGCAGUAAGUCAUCUUUUUCUUCAAAAUAUAAGGAAAUGAGGGGUAGCUCAAGACUUCCACAGUGUUGUACCUUUGGCCUAUACCUCUAACUGACCUGUACCUAUAACUGGUUUUAAUAUAAAUACAAGAGAUUUGUGAUUUAUGACACAUCACCUUGUGGAAGUUAAUCUCUGUUUUUGUUAUCUUGUGACAUUAUUACAACAUUCUCAUAGACAUGAUGGAUUGUUUAAUGGAAGUUGAUUCAUGGAAGAUAAAUUGUUAAACAAUAUGCAAAACCCAAUUUUUAUGUACUGAAAACUCUUUAUCUGUCAUUCUUCUUUACCAUUUUUCCCCCUCUCACCUACCUCACAUGUUUUUAUUCUUAUUUCCUCAUCUGUGAGGAUCUCAUUGUUAUGGGAACCCACUGGUCAAACCUUUUUUUUUAAAUGAAAGGACAUCUUUUUUCUCACCUUUCCACAUUUGCAGGGUUCCCUCUGAAAUGUAUAUGUGUUUUUGUAAAUAAAAACAUGAAAUCAAAUUUGAUCAGAGGAUCUCUGCCUUUAUUAAUUCCUUGCAUUCUGAUUGAAUGCCUACAAUGAUAGCACAUGAUGAUAACUGAGGGCCAGUUAAGUAAGUAUAGCAAUUUUAAAUAUGAUGAUGUCAACUGUGGUGGCAGUAGCAAUACAAAGAUACUCUUCUAAAAAUCAGGUGCAGGAGUGUUACAGAUGUGCCACUCUGCCACACAUGCCUGUGUAGAUCUUUGAUGUGUUUUAUUAGGAGCAAUGAAAGGGUUAACCCAAUAAUGUUCCAUCAGAGGACACCAAAAUCAUUUUAGCUUAUAUCUCAGAAGUGUAUAACAU